AUGGCAUCUUCAAAUGUAGCGCAGAGGAUGGUGCCCCCGCUGAAUACUACUCUCCUACCUUUUUUGUACCAGACCCGGACUAUACUGGGCCAUGCCCCACGCCGGUCGUUCGCUCGAACAGACACCCAGAUCAGGCGCCUCAACGUCGCCAGCCAAAUUGCGAGUCGACGGCAUCCUUCCGCUAAUCGCGAACAAGCCGACGACCCACUUGCAGACACCGUUCCAUUUGAAAGUGAGCAAGACGCAGCUUUUCACCAGCAACGUAGAUCAACAAUCACGGAAACGGAGCGAGAAACCUUCGCAAAACUCUUCAGAAAGUACAAUGCCACAACAGCUGCCGCCGGCAGAGGACAGGGCAAUAUCAAUGGCGACUUGUCAGAUGCCACAGAGGACACGCUGGAUUCCAUCCUCGACGAGGCAAUGGUCGGUAUGAAGCAACGCGCCACCGGCCCUGGAGCCCUCAUGAAGACAGAAGCCAUCCAUCAUGAGGAAGAGGACACAAUUAUCAAGAAGGCACAGAGGAAAGAACAGUUUGAGCACAUCGAGCGGCUGAUGAAGGCGGCAAAAAGUGACGUCGAACUAUGGAAUGUUUUAGAGGUAGAGGUCCUUUCCGUCAUCCGGCGCUUGAACUUGGAUGCUCCGCGCCGUCCUCCGAGCCAGGAAGAGGAGACAGAGCAGGACGAGCACGCGGGCAACGAGGGAAAAGCAGAUCUCUCUUCUUCGUUAGAGAUCAUCGGCCCCAACUACCCGUCUCUUGUGCUCGUUGCAAUGCGACAGCUCCGUGUGGAUUUCCCGGGAUCUACCUUAGCGCUAGCCCUGCUUCCCGCCGUCAAAAGCCUGGGCAGAGGAUCCUACGCUCUGGGGGCAAGCACCGAGCUAUACAACGAACUGCUCGCCAUGACAUGGCUUACGUAUUCCGACUUUCAAGGUCUCAAUGACUUGCUGCAGGAGAUGGAAAACGGGGGAAUCGACUUCAAUGGUAACACCCUCGAUCUGUUGGAUCACAUUAAAAGGAAUGCUCUGGAUGCACGAAGGGGUCGUCUUGGAGAGGGUGCUAAUGCGGUGUUGGAGAUGGAUCGCUUCAGACGCGGCAUCAACAGGCUGCAACGUUGGAGAGAUGCAAUUAGGCUACGGAUGGAGGCCGAGGCGAUACGCCAGGCCAAGGAGAGCGAGAUAGAGAUAUGA